GGCACUGUAGGGAUGACCGUCCAGAAGGAAGCAUUCACGUCGGAAGAGGAAAUCACCGAGGACGGGAUCCCGAGCCCCGCGAUAUAUUUAACGGCCCUAGAGGAAGUACCGACAGCAGAGAAAGAAGAAGAGCCCGCCACCAAAAAGCCUGAAAUAAACGUGGACGACUUAACGAAGGAAGAGAGAACCAAAGUAGCUAAACUAUUCGAAACGAAGGAGGGAUUAUUUGCAGAAGGGAUGAACGAACUUACCCAGACUAGC